UGGUUCGUGUAGAGAGUCAUUUGAGUCCGGACAAGCAAUAUAGAGGUGUUAUGGGUCCUCCCUGCAGUCUGGGUCAGAGCAGGGAUAGUGUAACCCGAAUUGAAGACUCUGCGGAAGGACAAGAUGAAGAGUCUACUAGAGUUCUGAGAGUUUGUGUAGAAGAGAGUGUUUUUCCCAUUGACAGAGCCGUCCUGGGGCAGAAAUGUGAGUAUUUUCGAGCUCUCUUCCGCUCUGGGAUGAAGGACAGCCAGCAGAGUGAGUUCCACUUGCAAGGAGGCCUGAAAGCGAGGGGUUUCCUUAUCGCCAUGGCUGUUUUCAGGGCGUCGGUGUACGGCCUAUGGAGGUUGUUUCACACCGCUGCAGUGUUCAUCCGCGAUGCAUAUUUUGACCUGCAAGAAGCGGUCAAGGCACUUCCAGAGGAUAUGGUUUGCUACGUUGAGUCCUUGUCACCUGCAUCGUUCGUCGCUCUGGGAACCCAUUCUCCCUCCAUGAAGAUACUGCAGGACUCCUACAGGACAGUGUUUUACCUUGAUGAGAAGCAGGGUGCUUGGAAAUACCUGACUGAUCUUCCAACAGACGCCAGCACUUCCAUGGCUGGGGUGGCCGUUGUGGGGAACCGUCUGUAUAUAGUCGGAGGUGUGCGAGGGGUAAGCAAGGAGACUGUAGACUUGAGUUUCAGUUAUGACACAGAAACCAACAAAUGGAGUGUGUUUGAUGGUCCUCAGCAGUCAAGGUACAACUUUACCUUGGUGGGUCACAAUGAACACUUAUACGCCAUCGGAGGUGAGUUUGAUAAAAUAAUAAUGUCCUCAGUAGAAGUAUGUGAUGUUUCCACAGGUGCUUGGACCUUUUGUAAGCAAACACCUCGUUCUGUGGCUGGAGUGGCAAGUGCUGUUGCCAGACGUAGGAUAUUUGUAUGUUUCUGGAAGCCUCCAGACACUACAGACAUAUAUGAAUAUGUACCCAGCAAUGAUGAAUGGACACUAACCACCACAAUGGUCAAACCUCAGAGUUACGGACACUGCAUGGUGGCUCAUGGUGACAGCCUGUACGUCAUGAGGAAUGGCCCUUGUGAUGACUUCCUGCGCUGCCUUAUGGACUGCUACAACAUCACUACAGGACAAUGGACGGCCAUUCCUGGACACUAUGUUAAUAGUAGGGGCGCUCUUUUCACUGCUGUGGUUAGGGGGGACUCUGCAUUCACUGUGAAUCACAAUUUGACCCUGGAAUUCCUUAUUUGUGGUGACAAGUGGAAGCCCCGCAGACAGAUGACGGGUUUUCCAAAAAGUGGCUCGCUUUGGACCUGUUUACUCCGACUGCCGAAGAGCAAAGAUAUACAGCAGGAAAUUGAAAAAGAGGAAGCAAUGGUGAUAGAUGUAAAUGUGGAAAGUGUAGAAGCUCUGUUAGAGGCUAAUUAUACCUCACCUUAGAGUUAGAUGAUUGUGUUUUUUCAUUUGGAUACCAGUGGGUUGCAACCCAAAAAUGGGUUGUAAUUCUGCUCUGAUAGGGCUGAUGACAGCAGGGGGAAAAUAUGCCUAAAUGCAAUUAACAAAAUGCAACUAACCAUAUAAUAGUGCAUUGUUAGGAUAGAAAAAAACAGUUAAAAGGGAGGAGAAAAUGGUUCUCAUAGGUGUUGUCUUUGAGGUCAAAGGCUGUUUAUCCAACCAAACUCAAAUGUUAUUUUUUAUUUUUUCAAAUUACAUUUAUGAGUGAACCAUCACUUUAAGGACAUUUGUAUGACAAAAACUGUAUUUUUGGAUCUAGUGUGUGGUAUUGGGUAGCCACUUGAUGUCCAUGAAGCAAAACCAUUUGAGAACCAAUGUCCUAAGCCAGGAGUGUCCAAAAGUUUUCUAAUGGGGGCUAGAUGCAGAAAAGUUUAGCUGUUGCAGGCCUCAAUCUUGUAAUCAUUGAAAAAAGGAUAUAGAUGCUACUAGAUUGCCACUAUUGCAUCAUCUUCAUAUGAAUGCUUAAUAUUAUGCAAGUUUUAAUCAUGCUUUUCUUAAUAAAGGAUACUUCUCUCACCAAGUACACUUGAAAUGGAACAGUAAUGUGUCUUCAAAAAUAAAAUUCUUCAUAGGCCUAUAACAUUUCUAUACGAAAUACUAUACUGGGAAAGAGCUUCUGUUACUUUCACUUUCCUUGGAUUUUGUGUUUUUUUAUUAUUUUCGUCCGUUUAGUGUCACUGCAAAGCACAUACAGAACUGCUAAUGAGCUAUGUUGGGUGUGACGCGUCCCAAUAAUUAGAACCAGAUUACGUUCUCCAGCUAUGAAGUGAUUCCUUGAAUCACUUCAUUUGCAAAGGAAUCACUCUUUUUUUCUUAUAAUCUAAUUAUAGUGUGUCAGUGUUACAGUUAAAACAUUUAUUUUUAUUAAAAUGAUAGUGAUACAGGCACAGAUACGCACGUGUAUUGAGCACUCUCUUUUAUGUCCUCACUCUCAAGUGGCGCUGAGAAGCCUAUGAUUCAUUCUUCUUGUUUCAACGAACAUCAAAAAUAAUCAAUUCACAACAAUUAAAUAAACUUCCCAGUACAAAAGAGGACAUCCUGUGAGAAUGCGCUUGGCUUGCAUGUCUUUGUGCACACUCGCGCUGCACAACAACAGCUCUACUCAGUUGUACGAUGUGUGUUGUACAACACAAAUACAAUAUUUACCCUGAUACCAGUCCUAUAACAAAUACAUCAUUAUUUUUGCAUGAUGCAUCAUCCAGACUCCUGUUGAAGUCUGCCAGUGGAUGAAGAUGAUGUCGACAGCAAUGAGAAUGCACAAAUGGAGACAAUGCACUGUGAAAUGUGGCUGUACGUGAUAGUGACAUAAAGUGUUCAGAAUAUGAAUUGAAUAUAAUUUCCCAUAGCAGGCCAAAUUCUGUUGUAUUUCCAAAAUCUCAUGUGGGCCGAAUCAGAGCAGUCAGCUGUAGUUUGGACACCCCUGUUCUAAGGAGAAUGUAGUGAAUAGUGUAGUGAAUGUCAGUAAAUGUAAUUUAGCAUAUUAUUAAUGUCAAAAAAUAAAUAAACAAAUAAAUAAGUAGGUGUGAGAAAUGUAAAUUUUCUCUAGUUCUCAAACACUCUUGUGCAUACAGUAUGCACAAGCACAAGUGUCCAUACUAUUACUGCGGUUCGCAGGCUUCUAUAAACAGCUCCCAGAUCUCUUUUGCAGCUGCUGUUAAUCAGCUCCAACACCCUGCAGAUGGGUCUGAAGUUCAAAGUCUUCUCACAGGAGAGCCCUAAUACCCUCCAUACUGUCUGUCUGUCUGACUGACUGACUGGAGACUGGGACUGGUACAGGAGCUACAAAGCAUUUCAACACGUAAAGAUGAACAUACCUUUCUUUCUUGCUUCCUUUCUUCCAUUUCUAUCAUUCGAAAAUAUUACUAUGUUGGCUUUUAGAGUAAUUAAUGUUUCUUAGCAAAGCAGAAUGCAUUAUUAACCUGCAGGUCUUGUUGUUUGUCUUUUGUGUCUAGUUAAAAACAAAAAACACACAGAUACUUUCUGUGCAUGAGAAACAGAUACAUAAAAGAUAUGUGGUCAAAACAAAAGCCAAAACUGAUGAUAAAGGACAGCAGUACCAAUGUGUCUUGCAUUGCAGUUAGUGAGAUUUAAUAGUAGAUAAUGCAUAGUGUUGUGUUUGUAUCAUGCUCAUUACUGCAAAGACCAGCUAAGACAAGCAUGAAUUUCCAUGGUGGUCCAGAGUGGUUUAUGAUGGAUUGGUACUGUUCUAGCUGAUGGACUAACUAUGCUAUAGUUAUACCUGCUAAAAAAAAAACAAAAAAAACAACAACAAAAAACAGCUUAAACCAGCCUAACAUGGUUUGCUGGUCUUGUUUCAUGGUUUUAGAGAGCGUUUGGGUACUUUUUCAUUAGACAGGCUGGCAUACCAACUUUCCGACCAGCUUAACACCAGCUUGACCAGGCUGGGAGUCCAGCAAGACUAUUUUAAACCAUAUAAGGCCAGCGAACAAUCUAAGGCUGGUUUAAAAUGUUUUUUUCCCUGUAGGGAUGCUGUUCACAAGCAAAACUUAAUUGGUGAAGCUGGAUGAUCAGCAUGGCCUUUCUUUUGAAGCUGGUUUCCCAAGAAAGUCUUAGCCAGAAGCAUCAUGGGGACACCAACACACCAGUAUCCAGUGCUGGGGACCAGUUGCAUAGCAUCUCUGUGGUAAUAUGUUCUGUAAAUAGUGUUUAAAUUAUGUGCAGCCAUUGAAAUGAAGCUGAUGGGUACUCACUGCUCUGGGAGGAGGAGGUUCUGGUGGGUUCAUCAAAGGGAUGGGAAUGUGUUUUCCUGGU